AUGGGGUCGACGUUUCAUAUGAAGCCGGCUCACCAAGCGGAUCUCAAUGGUAAGGGGAUCUUAUACGAGGAUGAUGAUGAGCCGGUGAAGCUGAUUGAUCGGGAUGAUUCGUUCGUCAUUAAGGAGUUCGGUUUGACCUUGAUCGAGAAGAUUAUAAACCCGAAGAAACAAAACGUGGAGAAGCUACUCCAGACGAUGCCUUCUCAAUGGGGCUUGGCUGAGAGAAUCAUGGCCAAUGAUCUAGGGAAUGGAAAGUUCCUUUUCAAUUUCACAAAUGAGGAGGAUUUGAAUUACGUUAUGGCGAAGGGGCCCUUUCAUUUCAACUUCUGUAUGUUCGUAUUGACUGACGCAAACCUAAGAAACAUAGGAGGUCAAAUCGGGCACAUUGACACUAUGGAGCUCACGGAGGGACGUAUGCUUAUAUAUGUUGACUCAAGACGUCCUCUGAAGUUCUCUCGGAAGGUAGAAUACGAAGGUGAUGAGGUUACGAUCGAGAUAAAGUAUGAUCUGCUCUUCAAGCAUUGUACUACCUGUGGAAUGUUGUCUCAUGAGAAAGGAUACUGCCCCUCCAUCGGUGCUAGACAGCCCACUCUGGAACGAGCUGAUGUGUUCACACGUAUGCAGUUACCGGUGCGACACAACGGCCGUGACAAUCAGAAUAAUGAUUGUAGACAUCACCAGCCUUUGCUGGAGAUAAGAGAGCCCCACUCACGCACCUAUGCUGAGUAUAUGCCACGGCGUGAUUUGCGUAUCAAUCUCCGAGAGGGGAACGAUCGUCAGUCUCGAUCAUGGGAUGAUAAUCGCCGCUUGGGGUCAUAG